CCCCUUUUCUCCUCAUUUCCCUGCUCUUCUUCACCUCCCUCCUAUCUGCCUCAGUGCUCUUUAUUCCCCCCCUCCCCCUACUUCGUACUUUCCCCUGUCACGGCUGCCAUUAUGUCUGUCAAGAACCUCGAGCUCGACAAUGUCGACAACAAGCCCUACACUGACAACAUUGAAGUCGCAGCUGCAGACCUUGAUGCCCCCAAGGGCGCCAAAGCGCAGCCUCCGUCUUAUGUUGCCAGUCUGUCCCCCGAGGAACGGCAGAAGGCUGAGAAGGCCCUCGUCCGCAAGAUUGAUAUUCGUCUCCUCCCCAUGCUCAUCAUCAUGUAUAUCAUGAACUACCUCGACCGGAACAAUAUUGCUGCUGCACGACUUGCUGGUCUUGAAGAGGACCUGGGAAUGGACCCGAACUCGAAUCAGUACCAGACCUGUGUGAGUAUCUUGUUUGUGGGAUACCUGUUGAUGCAGAUCCCGUCGAAUCUCCUUCUCAACAAGAUUGGAAAGCCCGCCAUUUAUCUCCCUUGCUCCAUGAUGCUUUGGGGUAUCAUCUCCACGUGUACGGCUGGCGCACAGAACUAUGUUGGUUUGAUUAUGGUUCGCUUCUUUCUUGGUUUCGUUGAGGCUGCGUAUUUUCCCGGAUGCCUCUACUUCCUCAGUGCCUGGUACACUCGAAAGGAACUCGGAUUCCGCACUGCAGCACUCUACUCCGGGUCCCUACUUUCUGGGGCUUUCUCCGGCCUCAUUGCUGCUGGUAUCACAGGAAACAUGGACUAUGACCUGGGCCUGCGCGCAUGGCGCUGGCUCUUUAUCAUCGAAGGGGCCAUCACCAUCGUCGUCGCAUUUCUGGCCAUCUUCAUCCUGCCCAACUUCCCGCGGACGACGACCUGGCUCACGGAGGAAGAGAAGCAGCUUGCUGCCUGGCGUCUGGAGGAGGAUAUCGGUGAGGAUGACUGGGUCGACAGUAAACAGCAAUCAUUCCUUCACGGUGCACAGAUGGCCGUUUUUGAUAUCAAGACCUGGAUUUUGAUGAUCAUGAUCCUUUGCAUCGUCUCCUCCGCCUCCGUAACCAACUUCUUCCCCACGGUCGUCGAAACACUCAACUACGGCCGAAUCGAAACCCUCCUCCUCACCGCACCCCCCUACGUUCUCGCAGUAAUCUGCACCUUCAUCAACGCCUGGCACUCCGACCGCACAAAUGAGCGCUACUUCCACAUCUCCCUACCCCUCUAUGUCUCCGUUGCGGCCUUUAUCCUUGCCGCAGCCACCACUGCCGUCGCGCCCCGAUACGUCGCCAUGAUGCUUAUGGUUCCCUCCUUCUACUCGGGGUACGUCGUCGCCCUGGGCUGGAUCUCAAAUACCCUGCCCCGGCCCGCGAGUAAGCGUGCCGCUGCCCUCGCGGCGAUUAACUGUGUCUCGAACGGUUCUUCCAUCUACGCGAGCUAUAUGUAUCCUAAUUCGGAUGCGCCGAGGUUUAUUCCUGCGAUGUCUGUUAACUGCGCGACGGCGUUCCUGGCCAUUUUGGCGGCUACUGCGUUGAGGUUUGUGUUGGCGAGGUUGAAUAAGAGGUUGGAUAGGGGGAGACGGUUGAUGGAGGGGCUGUGGGGGGGUUCAUUUAGGUUUUUGCUUUAGUUUUUGGUCUUUAUGGUUAAGUAUUAGCCUCUAUUGAGUUGGAUUUAAUGAAGUUAUGUUGAUGAUGAGAGGCUUCAGUGAAUUUAUUAAAGUCAACAAACCAUUCUCUAAUAUAAUGAUGUGCAAGCAUAAUUUAGCAAUGACUUGUUUGUAGUUAAUAAACCUCUA